AACAAAUUCACCUUUAAACUUUCAUCUUUUUUAAUAAUUUUUUAAUUCUAUUUCAAUUAUUUUCUUCCGUAAUAAUUCUAAUACUAUAAGCUAUCAAAUAUUAAAUAACAACAAAGGUUAUGUGUUUGUGAAUAAGCUUUAAAUAAAAAAAUUACAAACACAAAAGUGUAGAAAAGAAUAUAAAGGACCAUCAUAAACAAAAAAUAAACCAUAAGCUAGAUAAAUUAAUCAUGAUAACAAGCUGUGAUAAUAGAAAAAAUAAACAAAGUGUAAUAAAGUGAUCAAGCUAAGGAAUGGAGCACAUGACAAUUGAAUUAAGACAACGUAUACAAUCGUGCAAUGUCUUUAUAUUACUUGAUAAAUCAUCUGAUAAUCAACACAUUCAAUUACGUCUUAGAAACACAUCAAUUUUAGUAAAUAUAUCAAAUUUAAAAUUUAAUAUUGAUUUACCAAAUAUAACAAUUAUUCCAGAAACAUUAUCAUCAUUAAAUGUUGCUGGUACAUGGAUUACAUUUAGAGUACAAACAAAACCAUCAGAUUCAACAUUUGGUACAUUAAAAACUGAAUUUUUAACAAUUGAUAGUAAUGAUAAUAAAACAAUAUUAAAAUAUAAUAAACCAUUGAAAUGUACAAAAAUUAUCAUAGCUUGUCAAUGUUGUAAAAAUGUAUUAACAAAAUCUGAUAUUGAAUUUAAAAGAAUUCUUCCAUUGCCAAGUGAUGACUGUGAUCCAUGUGAAUGGUUUUGUGGCUGUAAUCACAGUCAUAAUAAUGAUGACAAAAUUGAUUUAAGUAAUGUUAAAAUGUUACUAGCACCACGUGAACAUGAUUAUCUUUAUGGUUCACAUUAUUGUUUAUUAUCAAAUAAAAUAUUUCUAGAUAAAAUGAAAUACAAUGAACAAGAUGUUGUUUGUAAUAGAUGUUUAUCUGUACUUGGUGUUCAAAGUCCAGAUAUUCCAAAUUCAAUUAAAUUCUGGAAUCAUUCAUUAGAAUAUUUAUCAUCAACAGACAAUGAUUAUAAUAUAAAAACAACUCCAAUUGAUGAUUUUAAAUCAGCACUAAUAUCAUGUAUUAAUAAUGAAUAUAAACAAAUAAUAUUUAUUGCAAAUGAACAUAAUAAUAAAUCAAUAUUAUUUGUUAAAUUAUUAGAAAAAAAUCUUACAAUUUUAAUUGAAGAAUCAACAAGAAAUAUACUCAAAAAUAUACAAGCUAUUAAAAUUAUGUAUAAACAUGAUAAUAUUGAAAUGAAAAAUAUUGAUAAUAAAAAUUCUAAUGAUAUAAUAACAUGUAAAAUUAGUUUAAAAUCUUUUAAUGCUGCAAUUGAACAUCUUAUUUCAACAUCUUGUAGAAUACCACCAAUUUAUAGAUUACUUGAUGAUUAUCAUAUUGGCUAUGUCAUUUAACAGCGAACAAAUUUAAAUUAUAAAAUAUAAAAAAAACAACACA